ACAGCUUACAGGCCAGGUUUUAACAUGGUGGAAGGGAGACAUAGCAGGAAUAUAGCUGACAUGGUGUUUCAAAUCCAUAUUCCAAUCAUUUAGUUUAGGUUCCUUCUGCCCCUUGGCCUUAGUUAUAUAAACUUCCCUCAUGCCAGAAAGUGACCAUAAACAGAACUGAUUAAGAUGGAUUUCUCUGCUAUGAACCAAACAAACUCUCAUCAUGUUCGCUCGAACAGCUUGCCCUCAAAGCUGCACCCGUUCAUCGAUCAAGUCGAUGAACAUUUACACAGAUUGAAGGAGGCUUCAGAAGCUACAUCUUCUUGUUCUUCAUCUGAACUAAGCCAUAAACUAAAUGGCCUUCAGGAGUUACAUGAUUACAUUGAUAAGUUGCUUUUGUUACCUCUCACACAACAUGUUCUUGUUGAAGAUAGUGAUACGAAACCGUUCGACGACUUACUCAAAGGAUCUAUCAGACUCUUGGAUUUGUGUGACAUAGCUAAGGAUGCAUUGCUGCAGACAAAAGAAUGUGUGCAAGAACUAGAAUCAGUUUUGCGCAGAAGAAAGGGAAGUGAAACAUUCAUAGCAAGUGAGCUUCAGAAAUGCCUAAGUUCUAGGAAGUUGAUAAAGAAAACAAUCUAUAAAGCCUUAAAGACAGUUCAAACCAAAAGUUGUGAGAAAACUCAAGCCACUCCAGCCAUUGUUAGCUCGUUGAAACAGGCCGAGUUCGUCGGUUACAACGUCGUUGAAUCCUUGUUGUCUUUCCUAGCAGGACCGAAGUUUCGAUCGAAUUCGAGCCGUUGGUCUCUUGUUUCCAAGCUUGUGCAAUCCAAAAGGGUAGCCUGUGAAGUUGAAGAAACAAGUAGAAACGAAGUGGCAUUGGUUGAUGCUGCAUUACAUUCAGUUUGCAGUCAAAAAACAAAGAAACAUGAUUUCUUAGCUCAAGUUGAGAAUUUGCAGAGCUCAUUGAAGAUGUUUGGAUCAAACAUUCAAGAACUCGAAGGCGAUCUCGAGGCUCUAUACCGACGCCUUAUUAAAACCAGAGUCUCAAUCCUUAAUAUCUACAACUACUAGCUGUAGUAUCAUGGCCAAACCCAUGAGUAUCCAUUUUUGUAGACUGUAAAAAAACAAACAGUAAAUAUACAAACGUUGUUCUCAAUUUAUGGUUUCAUGCAUGUUCUUGGGCUCUAAUUUUGCCAUUACUUUAAC